GCUUUAUAGGGUCCACCUGUAGGGGCUGGAGCAGCUCUUAGCAGCCCCAGCAGGAGGUGGGAGAUGGAAGAGGUCAUUGCGGGGCUCGAGGGGUUCACCUUCACCUUGGAGAGGGAUGUGGAGACACAAAAGGGCACUGGACUCCUGCCUUUCCAGGGCAUGGACAAGUCGAGCUCAGCUGUGUGCAACUUCUACGCGAAAGGGCUGUGCGAGAAAGGGAAGCUGUGUCCAUUCCGCCACGACCACGGGGAGAAGACGGUGGUGUGUAAGCAUUGGCUACGCGGGCUGUGCAAGAAGGGCGACCAGUGCAAGUUCCUGCACCAGUACGACCUCACCCGGAUGCCCGAGUGCUACUUCUACUCCAAGUUCGGUGAGUGCAGCAACAGGGAGUGUCACUUCCUCCACACGAAGACAGCUUUCAAGACCCAGGACUGUCCUUGGUAUGACCAAGGCUUCUGCAAAGACGGCCCCCUGUGUAAAUACCGCCACGUCCAGAGGGUCAUGUGUGUUAACUACUUAGCUGGCUUCUGCCCCAAGGGACCCAAGUGCCAAUACGCACAGUAA